GAACGGACGUCUCCCCCAGAAUUGUUCGCUCCCGACAGUUGUGACUUCGAUUUAGUUUCGGAAUUCGAUUCGGUUUUCCUUUAACCAAAAAGCAAAAAAAAAACAGAAACUGGUUUGACGGGGAGUUGGUCCCCAAAUUCGAGGAGUGGAAAUUUCUUUGCCUUUCAGUUCUCGUGUGUGUUGCACGGAAGAAAUCACAUAAUUCUCGGCAAAGUGUCGCGGUCAUAUACAAAAUUGGAGCGCCUAAUGCAUAUGUGAAAUGAUCAACCGAAGGGCCAUUUGUCAGCAUCCCCGAAGUGUGCUGCAAAAAGUGUAAAAAUAAACAAGCAACCGGCAACUAACAAGCAAACAACAGCAAUAACAAUUUGUCAAGUACACAAUCCCACGCCAAAACACAAAGCAGGUGAAAAUCCAAAAAACGCAGCGCAGGAGCGGCCAAAAACGCGCUGGUUUUAAAACGUCCCAGAGCAGCGAACAAAGGAUUAUCGCCAUGGCAAGGACCACGGAACUGAAGCUGGCUACGGCGGAGCCUGCGAAAUGAAUUUAUGCCUGUGCAGUUUUCCAUCGAUUUUCGUCUUGCGCCACAACGGACUGGGGAUGAAACACCAAACACAUAAAACGGAUUUGAUAUUAAAAAAAUAUGCAGAAACAAGAAAAAAGGCGCGAGUUGCGCCUGAAGCGAUUCUGGCGCUCUCCGAAGACGACGUCCUCGGAGGACUCCACCGGCUAUGAGAGUCCAACGAGGACGAAGGCGUCCAGUGCUGGCGGCAGCAGCGAUGCCCAGAGAUUUAACCACCUGCACUACACCAGCCUGUCGCAGGGAUCGGGCACCUCGUCCUCGGCGGGCGGAGCCACUGCAUCCGGAGCGGGGCCAACGACGAUUGGGCUUGGGCCGACCGGCAACAACAAGCCCUCCUGCUCGCUGCCACUUUUGCAGGUGUGGCCCAGCCAGGAUUCGCCGCGUGGCGAGGCGGAUGGCCAGUCGUUCGUGUUCCCCGCCAUCGUGGAGACGAGCGUCAGCAGUCCGGUGGCCGGGGCCAGUGGAAGCGGCAGUAUCGGGAGCACCAACCUGAGCCUGAACGCCAGGAGGAGCACCAACCACCUCAGCUUGUCCACGGACCGGCGGAGCUCUCUGUACUGUGAUACCCUGCACGCCGGGGACUCGGGCAUCGAUUCGGUGCAGGCCUCGCCCUCGCCGAACGCCUUUAUAGCCCCGCCGGGGGUUCACCACUUGCCGCUGGGCCAGACGGGCGGAGGAUCCUGCCAUGUCUCGCCCACGAGCACGCCCACCCAGGGAUCGCCCAAUCUGUCCCUGGGGCGGAGGGGCGUGCGCAACAGCAUUUGCGUGGUGCCAAGUGGCAAUGGACGGAGGAAGUCGAGUGCCCUGCUGCAUCCCGACCAUGCCAGGCUCUUUGCCCUGCGGAUGAAGCACGCGGCCGCUUUGGAGAGGGCCCAGACCUCACCCGACCAAACCUCCAUCGAGGAUGCGAACGAGUUCCACGACAACGGACUGGCCACCAACCUGCGGCUGUGCUCGGCCUCCUCAUCGACGACGUCGUCGCUGACAUCCGUGGCCGCGGUCAGCCUGGGCGGCGCCGGGGGUCCCGGUGGUGGUGCGAACACCACCUGUGGCUCCUCCUCCGGCUCCGCCUACGCUGUGGGCGCGGCGGGCGUCCAGCAGCGCGUCUCCGAUCCCUGGCUGCAGCCGCAAUCCGAUCGGGAACGGGACUCCCGGCACGACGGCAGGCGCCGGUCCUCGACGAUGACCGCUCGGUACUCCCUGUUCGAUGCCCUGGACCUGGAGUACGUGCUCUUGAGGGCCGCUGCCCGGGGUUCCGUGGGUCCCUACAGCCUCAGCGAGUCCAUACACAAGCUCACCUUCACCCAGUCCCUGGCCUUUCCGGCCUUGGCUCGAGGUCUGGCCACCAAGAGGAGGAGAUCGGCCACGCACACGAGCUCGCGGCCACUGAAUCCCCAUGAGUCCGGCCUGAACACCUGCGCCAAGGUGGUCACCGCCGUCGUCCUGGUGGCCCUGUCCUUUAUGGUAUUCCUCAUCGUCUACAAGUUCGUGAGGACGUGAGGUUUGCUCCUGGCCCCGUCGCCAGAGCUCCCAGUCACAUAUCAGGCCAACUACGGAGCGGAGGAGGGGUCUUCGGCGUCCUCCAUCAUCUCGUCGGCGGGCCGCAGCCUGGGGAAGCACAUGUCGGGGUUCAGGAGCAAAUUGGGUCUGCGUCAGGCCGACUUCGAGUGAUCCUUGAGGAGAACGUUAGAACAGGCAUUGAAAAAGCUGGUUGGCAACAUUUUUGGUAUUCCAAAUGAUUUCGAUAUUAUUGUUUC